AUGAAACCAUCAUUUCAAGCUGGAGAGCUCUCUCAAUGCGCACUACACAGCGAGCGCUCACCAUGCCAUCCAACUGCUUCAACCCAACUCCAAAGGAUCCGCUCAGUCAUGGGAGUCCAUUACCUCAACCAUGCAAUUUCCACCAUCAAUAAUUUAAUCUAUUUGCUCAAAAGCUGAAGAGACAACUUGCAGCUGCUGCUUGGCGAAGAGCGGGCGAAUAUCGCAAAAUAGUUACGCGGAGGGCUUAUCCAAAACAUCCCAGAUGACACUGUCCUGCUGAAUGGUCUCCUUUACGACUGGACAGAAAAGUUCCAACAGGUUAGAAGAGUGAUGACCAUCCUGUUCGUUACUAUGGUUAUUUCAUACUUCAGUUGCAUGAGAGCUGCGCCCAUGAGAGAGAUCCCGGGCGUGCAGGGGGGCCACCGGGCCGAGGGCUACCUGGGCGCCGUUGCCGUCACCUCAGGCAGCCGAGGCCACGGGACUCCACAGAGUGGGGGCGGGCUGCCCUCGCUCACGGACACUUUCGAGCAGGUGAUUGAGGAGUUGCUUGAGGUGGAAGGAGAAGCGACGCAGCAACUGGACCCCAGGGCCGACCAGGGCCAAGGAGGGGGUGGUCCCGCAGCCAUGCCUGACUCGAAGGACGUUGACAUGUACGCCUCGCGGGUGAUGAUCAGCAACCAAGUGCCUUUGGAGCCGCCAUUACUCUUUCUCUUGGAGGAAUACAAAAACUACCUGGACGCCGCCAACAUGUCAAUGCGUGUGCGACGGCACUCGGACCCCGUGCGGCGAGGGGAGCUCAGCGUUUGUGACAGUAUUAGCCAGUGGGUGACGGCUCUGGACAAAAAGACAGCCAUAGACAUGUCGGGCCAGACGGUCACCGUCCUGGAGAAGGUCCCCGUGACUAACGGUCAGCUGAAGCAAUACUUUUAUGAGACCAAAUGCAACCCCUUAGGGUACACAAAGGAGGGCUGCCGAGGAAUAGACAAGCGGCACUAUAACUCGCAAUGCCGGACAACCCAGUCUUACGUGCGAGCCCUUACCAUGGAUAGCAAAAGGAAGAUCGGCUGGCGGUUUAUACGGAUAGACACUUCGUGUGUAUGCACAUUGACCAUUAAGAGGGGCAGAUAGUGUACACAAUGUAUAGAUUUUAUUGAGAGUUCUAAAAAAGAGAGAGAAAAAAGAAAAUAUCUAUUUGUAUAUAUACAUAACAGGGUAAAUUAUUCCGUCAGAUG